AUGUUAUUUCUACGACUCUUCAUAUUCACUCCAUUUUUGAUAUUGGCAAACUGCCAGGCUCGUCGAACAAUAAAAGUCGGUCUCCUAUUCGUGCAAAACGUUUCAAGUUUGCAAGUCGGCAUUGGGUAUAGAACUUCGGCGGCGGCGGUUCUGGUGACAAAGAAUAAGAUUCGGGAGGAUCAUGUGCUGGAUGGGUUUGAUUUUGAAUUCCUUUGGGACUUUGACGAGUGUAAUGAAAUUCUGGGCGCCGGGAAGACUGUUGAUCUACUUGAAGUCAAAAAAGUCGACGUCAUAUUCGGCCCUACUUGUUCUCGACCGGCUCUCAUCAGCUCCGCUCUCGCUACUUACUACAACAUCCCAAUAUUCGAGUGGGGGUUAACAUCGACUAGACAACUAACCGAUGUCAAACGAUUUCCUACAACUCUACCAUUUUCCGUGAAUAGCUAUAGUCUGGCUAUGGCAAUUCUUGGAACUUUAAAGCAAUUCCAGUGGACGGAGUUUGUGUUCCUGUAUUGUAAUGAUGGAGACGAUGAGAAGUGUGAAUCACUUAAGGAUGAUGUGCAGACAGUAGCCUCUGCGCAUGAGGAGCUAUCGUUGGCCUACACGUUUCGGAUUCAGAGCAAGAAGUUGGAGGAUAUGAGAGCUGCGAUUGUUGAAAUAAAAAAGCGAGGAAGAAUAAUCGUUGCCUGUGUGGCUUCUGGGAAUGGUUCGAAGCGAACUUUGAUGCAAGCGGUCGCACUGGAAAACGCCAAUAACAGUGAAUAUGUGUAUAUUAUGGCGGAGACAAAUUCAAGGGGAUUUGUUGUUGAAGAAGUCGGUGGAAAAUGGCACUAUCUCUGGGAGGGCAAGUUCGAUGACUCGGAUACCUUUUCCACAGAAGAUUCGAGAACAUCAAUGGCUAAUCUUCUAUUUCUUGUUGAUAAUAUGGGCAUGAAUAAUGUGGUGACUCCGCAAUACUUGAACUUUUCUAAGAAUGUGAUUGAGAUGAUGAAGGAUGAGCCGUUCAAUUGUGUGGAGGACUGUGUCGGGGAGGAGUAUUCGUCGGUCGCAAAAUACGCUGGCCAACUUGCGGAUGCCUUUUACGCCUACGCAGUUGCAGUAAAUAGAUUGCUAACUGCAAAUCCCCAAGCUGAAAUUCGAAAUGGAACAAUGAUCCUUCGAAACAUCGGAAUGACAUUCGAAGGUGUCGGUGGAGGCGAUCUAACCGUAGAUCCAGAUUCGGCGCGUACCUCAGAGAUCAUAAUGAUCGGAUUGAACUCAUCUCGACUUCCGGAAACCUACGGAAAACUAAUAAUUAAUAAUCAAUCCGUACAUUUCGAGCAACUCUACUCCGAUGAGGUAAUGGAUGUCUGGAACGGGAGACAACGUCCCAAGGCGAAGCCGACUUGUGGGUUUACUGGAACUCAAUGCCCACCGGACUUUGUCAGAGAUUAUUUGGUGAUAGUCAUUAUCAUUGUGAUGUUCCUGAUUUUUGCGGUUUCCGCCGCAGUUGGAGCGGUUUUCUACGCGAUUCGACAAAAAAGAAAGGAAAUCGAGCGACAAGAUGAGCUAUGGCAUGUUGAGGCAUCACAUCUUAAGCCUAUAUCUAAGAAGUCAAAAUCCGAAGCCAGUCAACGCUCCUUCGCAAGUGGACCAUCCACUUCGACCAAGUUAACAGUCGAAAGUCGCACCGAGACCACUCGAUUCAUUUUCUACAUUUAUCAGGUGAGAAAUAACGAGGUCGUCGCAGCGAAUAAACAUGAUUUCCGACCGCAGCUGACAGAUGUAGAGAGGUCUGAAUUGAGACAGAUGAGAAGCCUCGACCACGACAACCUAAACAAAUUCAUUGGGCUCUGUCUAAACUCCCAACAACUCCUCUCCAUUUGGAGAUAUUGCUCACGAGGCUCACUGGCCGAUGUCAUUAGCAGAAGCUCAAUGCAAAUGGAUAGCUUUUUCAUGUUAUCCCUAAUCAGAGAUAUCGCGAAUGGGCUUGGCUUUAUACAUACCUCGAUGCUCCAUUUCCACGGAUACCUGAGCUCUCGGAGCUGUCUUAUAGAUGACCGAUGGCAAGUGAAGAUAUCAGAUUUUGGGUUGAAUGAGGUCAGAGGGAUGGAUAAAUUGAGCACUGAGAAUAUGUUGUGGUGGGCUCCGGAGGUAUUACGGGGCCUGGAGCAACGGAGCAAGGAGGCUGAUAUCUAUAGCUUUGGGAUCAUCUGCUCGGAGGUGAUAACCAGAUCCUCCGCUUUUGACCUAGAGAAUCGGAAGGAAAAGCCUGAGGAGAUAAUUUAUCAGCUGAAGAAGGGAGGGUUCAAUGCAAUUCGCCCAUCACUUCUGACCGAUGAAGCUCUGGAAAUCAAUCCAGCACUGGUCCACCUGAUAAGAGACUGCUGGACUGAAAAACCAUCUGAAAGGCCGCCAAUCGAUCAAGUGAGGAGUUUGUUAAGAGGAAUGAAUGAUGGAAAGAAGGGAAAUCUCAUGGAUCAUGUGUUUAAUAUGUUGGAGACGUAUGCUUCUACACUGGAGGAGGAGGUUAAUGAGAGGACUAAGGAGUUGGUGGAGGAGCAGAAGAAGUCUGAUGUUUUGUUGUAUAGGAUGCUUCCGAAAACAGUUGCCGAGAAGCUCAAAGCUGGAAUAUCAAUUGAACCGGAAACUUUUGAACUUGUCACUAUAUUCUUUUCGGAUGUUGUCCAAUUUACCACCCUGGCCAGCAAGUGUACUCCACUACAAGUUGUGCAACUUCUCAACGAUUUAUACACAAUUUUCGACAGUAUUAUCGAGCAGAACGAUGUUUACAAGGUAGAAACAAUAGGCGACGGGUACCUCUGUGUUUCCGGAUUACCCCACCGAAAUGGACAUGAUCAUAUUAAGCACAUCGCGCGGAUGUCAUUGGCAUUUCUGUCUAGUUUGGCCGAGUUCCGUGUAGCCCAUAUGCCAAGUGAAAGGAUCAAUUUGAGAAUUGGCAUUAAUUGUGGUUCCGUAGUUGCCGGAGUCGUUGGCUUAACCAUGCCUAGAUACUGCCUAUUUGGAGAUGCAGUUAACACAGCAAGCAGGAUGGAGAGUAAUGGAAAACCCGGCAGAAUCCACGUAUCAUCGGAGGCAAAUCAUCUGCUAACACACGUGGUUGGAGGGUUCCGAACCGAAGAAAGAGGCGAGGUGAUAAUUAAGGGAAAAGGUGUUAUGAAUACGUAUUGGCUGCUGGGAGAAAACGAUUCGGUGCCUGUCAAGUCUAAUAUGAGGAAACGGGAAAAUACUCCGUCGAUGGCGAGAAGUAUUACACCGGAAAUUUGA